AUGUCAAAUGCCACCGAAAUACACGCUAUUCUAUGGGACAUGGAUGGUACUCUCAUCAACUCAGAAGACAUUUAUAUCAAGCAACUCAACUCGAUCCUCAGUGCCCAAUUCCAAUCCGGUCCGCUAUCUAAAGAAGUGGUAUCGAAGAUCCAGGGUCGCCCAGGGCUUAAGAUUUCCGAGAUCCUCGUCGACGAAUACCGACUCGGUGAUAGAACUUCCAGCCAGAAGUUUUAUGACAUCACUAAUCAACCAGAACAGCUUAAAUUGUACCGAGAAACCGCUUUCUUGCCAGGAAUCCAAGAUUUCUUGAGCCACGUUAAAACCGUGCACAAUUUACCAAUGGCCAUCGCCACUUCUACCACAAGACUCAAAUACAAUGCGAAAACUACCCAUCUUGACUUCAGUUUCUUUGAUCUAACCUUGACCGGAGGUGAUCAUCCAAGACUCAAGGGCAAAGGUAAACCACAACCGUAUAUAUGGCACGAGACUUUGGCGGAAUUGAACGAAAAACUUGGAACCAAUAUCAAAAUGGAAAACUGCUUGAUUUUCGAAGACAGUGUCAGUGGCAUCCAAAGUGGUCUUGCAGCUGGGGGUAAGACGGUUUGGAUUCCAAGUAACCCCGAGGCAGUUAAAGCGCUUUCUGAUGAAGAAAUGUCAUAUUACAAAAGUAAUUGCGAGGCCAUUCUUGGCGAUUUCUUGCAAUUUGAUAACAAUAAAUAUUCAUUUAUUUCAUUAUAA